AUGCCUUUGUUGGAUGGGCCUGGGAAUGGCGAUGCUGUCGUCGCUGGCAGCAUCCACAAUGUGCUUUCGUAUACACCCACUAUCGACUCGGUACUCGAGGCAGACACAUCCCGGAAUGACCCAAACAGACGCCAAAGGAUCGUGGUGGUAGGGCUGGGUAUGGUGGCUAUAUCGUUCAUUGAGAAGCUAGUCAAGCAAGACUCCGAGAGACGGAAGUAUGAUAUUGUCGUCAUCGGGGAGGAGCCCCACAUUGCCUACAACAGGGUUGGCCUCUCGUCGUUCUUUGAACAUCGCAAGAUUGAAGACUUGUAUCUGAAUCCCAAAGAAUGGUAUGGAUCUAUCAAAGACCGAUCCUUCGAUUAUCACCUCAACACUCGCGUGACCGAUAUCUUCCCGGACCGCAAGUCCGUCAAGACCUCCACCGGUGAUUCUAUCGCCUACGAUAUCCUAGUCCUUGCUACGGGCUCUGAUGCCGUGCUCCCCACUCACACCCCGGGCUAUGAUGCCAAUGGCAUUUUCGUCUACCGAACGAUCUCGGAUCUCGAGAAACUUAUCCAGUUUGCGUCGAAGCAUAAAGGUGAGACAGCCGUUACCGUUGGUGGGGGCUUAUUAGGGCUGGAAGCGGCCAAGGCCAUGACAGACCUUGAGGAUUUCGGGAAUGUGAAGCUGGUCGACCGCAACAAGUGGGUCCUGGCGAGGCAGCUGGAUGGAGAUGCUGGCAGCCUGGUGACCCGCAAAAUCAGGGAGCUGGGCUUGGAUGUGCUGCACGAGAAACGGGUGGCAAGAAUUAACAAAGAUGACGAUGACAACGUCACCGGUAUCGUCUUUGAGGAUGGCGAGGAAAUCAGCUGCUCCUGCGUCUGCUUUGCGAUUGGGGUACGAGCUAGGGAUGAGCUAGGGCAAUCUGCUGGAAUUCAAUGUGCCGGAAGGGGAGGGUUCGUCAUUGAUGAAAGUCUUCAAACGUCAAUCAACGACAUUUAUGCCGUUGGAGAAUGUGCAAGCUGGGAGAACCAGACGUUUGGCAUAAUUGCCCCCGGCAUCGAAAUGGCGGAUGUGCUCGCCUACAACCUCACAAACCCUGAUAAAGAGCCAAGAAGCUUCAGACGCCCGGACCUCAGUACCAAGCUGAAAUUACUUGGAGUCGAUGUGGCCAGCUUUGGCGACUUCUUUGCUGACAGAGAUGGGCCCAAAUUUCUUCCCGGUCAACGGCCGUCAAUGCCAACUGACCAAGGCGCGACUGAAGUGGGCGAAAAGGAGACGCCUGUCAAGGCUCUCACCUACAAAGACCCCUUUGCCGGUGUCUACAAGAAGUACCUUUUCACCAUGGAUGGAAAAUACCUGCUCGGAGGAAUGAUGAUUGGCGACACAAAAGACUACCUCAAGAUGAACCAGAUGGUGAAGGCCCAGAAGGAGCUAGAUGUACCUCCUAGCCAGUUUAUCCUCGGGGCUCAAAAGGACGGAGAUGAGAACGCGGAUGAUCUGGACGACAGCACUCAGAUCUGUUCCUGUCAUAAUGUAACAAAGGGCGAUGUGGUUUCGAACGUCAAGAAUGGUACUUGCAAAACCAUCGGGGAGGUCAAGUCAUGCACCAAGGCAGGAACUGGGUGUGGCGGCUGUAUGCCUCUGGUACAGUCGAUCUUCAAUAAGACCAUGCUGGCCAUGGGUCAAGAAGUAUCGAACAACUUAUGUAAUCAUAUUCCUCACUCGCGGGCCGAUCUUUACAACAUUGUCGCUAUCAAGCAACUCAAGACCUUCGAGGACAUAAUGAAGACGGUCGGCAAGAACCCCGAUUCACUUGGCUGUGAGCUGUGCAAGCCUGCCAUUGCAUCGAUACUCUCUAGUCUCUUCAACCGAAACAUCAUGGACAAAGAUUACCACGAAUUGCAAGAUACGAACGACAAGUUCCUUGCCAACAUCCAAAGAAACGGAACAUUCUCGGUGGUCCCUCGAGUACCUGGUGGAGAGAUCACCGCGGACAAACUGAUUACCAUUGGUCAAGUUGCCAAAAAAUACAGUCUCUACUGUAAGAUUACCGGAGGCCAGCGGAUCGACCUGUUUGGGGCCCAGAAGCAGGAUCUCCUUGACAUCUGGACGGAACUUGUAAAUGCUGGCAUGGAAAGUGGGCACGCUUAUGCGAAAUCGCUUCGAACGAUCAAGAGCUGCGUGGGUAGUACCUGGUGCCGCUUCGGUCUUGGCGAUAGCGUCGGCAUGGCCAUUCGGCUUGAAGAACGCUAUAAGAGCAUUCGAUCUCCUCACAAGCUGAAGGGUGCGGUUUCCGGGUGCGUGCGGGAAUGUGCUGAGGCACAAAAUAAGGAUUUUGGCCUCAUCUCCACCGAGAAGGGUUACAAUAUCUUUGUUGGGGGCAAUGGGGGUGCUAAGCCCCGGCACUCCGAGCUCCUCGCCAAAGAUGUGCCUCCCGAGAAGGUCAUCCCCAUCAUCGAUCGGUAUCUCAUUUUCUAUAUCCGAACAGCAGAUAAGCUCCAGCGAACGGCUCGGUGGCUCGAGAACCUUCCGGGCGGCGUUGGCUAUCUUCGGGAAGUCGUCGUUGAUGACAAGCUGGGCAUUGGAGCAGAGAUGGAACAGCAGAUGCAGGAGCUGGUGGACAGCUACUUCUGCGAAUGGACCGAAACGGUCCGGGACCCCAAACGGCGCAAGUACUUCCAACAAUUUGCCAACACGGACGACAGGGUGGAGACCGUGGAAGUGAUCAAGGAGCGCGGCCAACAACGUCCCACAUACUGGCCCAGCGAGCCCGCCAAGGAGGACUUCCAAGGCCACCAGUGGUCCAGUCUAUCCUGGCAGCCGAUGAUUAAGGCCGACCACUUUGCGGACGGCUCCCCGCAGAUGUCCUCCGCCAAUGUCAAACGCGGGGACACGCAGCUGGCCAUCUUCAAAGUCAAGGGCAAGUACUACGCCACGCAGCAGAUGUGCCCCCACAAGCGGGCCUUUGUCCUGUCGGACGGGCUGAUCGGUGACGACGACGCGGGCAAAUACUGGGUGUCCUGUCCGUACCACAAGCGCAACUUUGAGCUCAACGGCGAGCAGGCGGGCCGGUGCUCGAACGAUGAGAGCAUGAACAUUGCCACGUUCCCGGUUGAGGAGCGUCCCGACGGCUGGGUCUAUAUGAAGCUGCCUCCCGUGGAGGAGCUCGACUCCAUUCUGGGGACGGAGAGGUGGAAGGUGAGGAAGGGAGAGGCGCCGGAUCCGUUCCAGAAACACGACAAGAAGUACAAAGGGAUGCGAGGAAAGCGGGCGGGCAGCAAGGCGUCGUCGAGUGGUCCGGGGGCAUCGCCAUCCACUUUGAUUGACUGGUAA